AUGUCGAAGAUUGAUCAACCUUUACAAGUUCUCGCCAGUACUUCGUCCCAUCGUGAUGACUUCAUCUCAUUUCAGUACACUUGGCCGCUUAAAAUAUGCAAGCGAUUGUUGGAGAACUCGGAAGCUAUCGUUUUGAAUGUUUCGCCCGCAUUUUCGACAGCUUAUAAUGGUGUUCAGUUCACCUGGGCACUUCGUUUGUCCGAUGAAUGUGUUGUUUCCACAUGUGAAUCUGCAUCAGUGCCAUCUGUUCGUCAGGUCCUUGUCCUCCUCUAUUAUAAGGAUGGACCAUGUAGCGAUGUGACAGUUGAGGAAGCUAAAGCUGCAAUCAUUUGCCCACAAACGGGUGCAGAGGUGUUCUCUGGGUUCUCCUCCGAGAAUUCACGUGAAUUUACGAAAGGAAGUGGGUGGCCAUUACCGCUUGAGAAAUCAAAACAAUCCGCCUUCACUAAUUUCGUGCAUAGCAAUAUUGACAAACCUUUGAACAUCGUAGUUGACAUCAAGUUUAAAAACUCACUUUUCGACCCACUUAGUUAUCUGCCAGAUGUUGAACGUGCGUGUCGGAGUCAAAGAAUUGAAAACAAUUGUAUAAAAUUUGUAAAUGAUUAUUACAAGAACUCUUUAGAUAUACCAAACCUAGACCUUCUCCGAGCACAGGACGACAAGUUUUCCAUGCAUCGGCUAGUUUUUCUUUUCGGGUGUGAUCGUGUAGAAAAGGAGUGUUUCGAAGAUCAAGCAGAUGAGCACAACUUGAACCUCGUUAGAAGCACUUUUGCUCACGUUUACUUCGAACGGGUACUGAUGAGAGAAGUGCAGUAUUUUGAGGACUUCAUAUCUUUGCUGGAAGGUAUCGGACAGGCACAUAUCCCUCCACUGCGCAAGGAAAUUGAACGUUUCAUAUGCAGAGAAGUGAUGUCGGAAUCCUCUGAAUUGGACUUUACCAAGAAAAUGCUGCUUCUGGCUGAACGUUACUCCCUGGACGUCUUGAAGAUGGUGGCUAGUGGUGUUUUAGUGGAUCAAAUAAUUGCGCACUCGAAUCCUCCUGGAGAGCUAGUCAAUAUUUCAUAUGAGCUGAAACGAAUGGCUAGCGAAAUAAAUGACAGUCUUCCUGCCGACCCAUCAACACCAACAGAAGAAGUACUCGUUGGCUCGGUCGUUGAGGACCUACAGUCUCUCACAAGGCGAGUUCGGCGAGUUUCACUCUCGCAUUCUCCUUCAUCGUCCACUUCAAGCCCUUCUUCUUCUCCGCCUGGAGGGGCAACACCUACUGACGAUUCGGCCCUUUCUCCCGCACCGACUGUACCGGGAGCUCGUCCGUUUGACCCUGCAGUGACUCCAAGUCGAUUCAAAAGAAUCGAGCUUGCAUGA